UUUCGAACGGCUGGAAAUACUCGGGUGAGCGAAACCGGGUAGUUUCCGUUAUCCUAUUCUCUCUCUCUCUCUCUCUAAACUUCUUGGCGAGAUAUUUUGUAUCGGAGAUUAGGGUUUUCGAAAAAUCUCAGUUGCUCGAAAAGCCAUAUCGACAGCCAUGGUUUCUGAUUCGAUCGCCAAUGCUUCGAUUCCAAUCGCGGCCAAGGAUUUCCCCAGGAAGAAGAGGGCGAACAGGUCGGCCAAAUUGAAGCAAUGCAAGCUCGAUGCUCGUCGCGAGCAGUGGCUCUCCCAAGUGAAGAACAAGGGAUGCAAAGGGGAGCCGGACGCCAGUGUGGUGGUUGAUGCGCGCAACGAGAGGGGUCAAUCCUUAGAGAAUUUAGAGAUAAUGUCGAGAGAGGAUAUGAAGGUGGAAUCUGUCCACCCUUACAGUGACUUGGACUCACCUUCAAACAGUUCCACCAGCCAUACCAGCAUUGCUUUGGGUAGUACCGUGUCUGGUACGAAUUUCAGUGGGAGUAGUGGCGACAGUAGCAGUGGUUCAAGUUGGUCUGGAAGCGUAACUGGAGAAGAUGAAGAAGGGGAUGAUGAGUGCUUGGAUGAUUGGGAGGCUGUUGCCGAUGCUUUAGCUGCCACCAAUGACAAGAAGGAGCAGCAUACCAACCCUAGUGUAGAGCAGCAUAUUAACCCUAUACAUUCUCCACCUGAAUUAGCUCAUCGGCCAGCUUCACAAAUCGUGACAUCAUGCCCAAAGCCAGAGUGUGUGGAAAAAGUUCAGAUGGUUCCACCAACUGGCAGGGCUUGGAAGCCUGAUGACACUUUUCGCCCACAAAGUCUGCCAAAUUUGUCGAAGCAGCUUAGUUUCCCCAUGAAUUCCGGAAGGCAUUACGGGUGUGGAAGUGUUACGUGGGGCUCUAAUAAUGCUCCUUCUUUGCCAUCGUCUUGUCCCAUAUGCUGCGAAGAUUUGGAUUUCACAGACUCGACUUUUCUUCCUUGUUUGUGUGGGUUCAGGCUCUGCCUUUUCUGCCACAAAAGAAUUCUUGAGGAGGAUGGACGCUGUCCGGGGUGCAGGAAGCAAUACAACAGUGGGCCCAUUGUGGGGGAGGCAACUUUGGAUGGAGGCGGUCUCCGACUGGCUCGUUCUUGUAGCUUGAUCACGAGGUCUUAGGAGGAGUCUGUUUCCCUCAAUGUGUAUGUUAGGUCUCUCCGUUUCCAAAUAUCUUGCAUGUUUCUAGUAUUUAGACUCUUAUUUUUGUAGUCCCAGACGUUGGUAUAGCCGUAUAGGAAUGUGGUUUUGAAAGCACCGGGCGUUAGGCUCGUUCUCGUAUGAGUUUGGUCAUCAUAUGUGUGCUGCAUGUGCUGAUGUGGAAGACCUUUUUGGUUUGUGAAUAGAUAAGGUGGUAUAGAAAUUCAAUACAUCCAAUUUGUUAAGAAUAUGUCAGUGUUGCUCCCUACUGAACUAAUAUGCAAUCUUUAUUAUUAUCAAAUAAAGUUUCCAAUAUUACGCCAACAA